AUGAGCGACUCCAAGAACGUCCUCCAGACUGUCGUCGACAGUCAGGUCCAAUUCCUUACGAAAGGGGCCCAUCGUGCCCCGUUGCAGAACUACCCCUCCGACGCGGGACUCGAGUACGAGAAGGUGUGGUUCCCGGCUGUUGGCGGUGUCAUGCUUGAAGGGUGGUGGAUCCCGCGCCCCAGUGCCACACGCGUGAUCCUCUGUAACCAUCCAAUGACGUUCAACAAGGGUGGCUACCCAGGCUCGAAGCCCGGCUUUGACGCUUUUGGCCUCAUCGACGUCAACUUUAUCCCGGACUAUGCGGACCUCCACAAGGCAGGGUACGCGGUCCUGGCGUACGAACGGCGCACCCACGGCCUCUCGUACAGCAACUGGGGCGAGACGUCCACCGUGGGUGCCCACGAGAGUCGUGACGUCGCCGGCGCGAUGCGCUUCCUCUCAACGUGGGGCCCGACGCGUGACUUGGAAGUCGCCCUCGAUCUUCGCUGCAUGGGUGCCAAAUCGGGCAUCGCGGCGUUCAAGAACUUCCCGCAGGACAUGGCCCCGGCUAGAGCCUUUGUGGCCCUUCAGCCGGUCAGCGCGGGCGCGUUUGUCGCCAGGGCUGCCGAGGGCGCCGGUGUCGAUCUUGCCAAGGCGCUCCAGGAGUUUGACAAGGGCGUGUGGGCGGCGAUUGUCCUGCGUGCAGGCGACCUUUUCCCACAGAGCUCGGCCGCUCAAGUCAAGAUCCCCACGCUCGUCGCGCAGGUCAAGGGCGACAUGUUCGCCGAUGCUCCGAAGGAUACGCAGGAGAUCUUUGAUGGACUCGGCGCCAGUGAGAAGAAGCUCUACUGA